GCCAAAGAUAAUUAUAAAGAAACACGAACUGAAGAAACAUUUGUUAUUCCAAUUUCAUACAAAGAUGCUGUUCAAAUAUUAGAGGAAUAUGGAUUCAUAAUAAUUGUUGGUGGGCCAGGAAGUGGAAAGACUACAUUUGCAAACUACAUGGUGAAGGAGAACUUCACGGGUUUUACUGUAAAUUACAUGAAACCAAAACAGACAACAUUACCAGAACUCACGAAUGACCAGGGUAAUGUUGUUGUCUGGGAUGAUUGCUUUGGAAUAUGGAAUGUCUGUAAUUUAGAGGAAAAUGAAAGGGCUAAUGUAAGAAAUACAGUUAUGAAUUUAAUUGAUAAUUGUAAAAAUAAGGAAAACCAUAAAGCCAUUAUUUGUAUAGAUUCCACUUUUGUUGAAAAACAACUAAAGGAUGAAAUAAGACGGAACAUUUUCAAUCUUUCUGAAGCCUAUCGAACCCAACUUAGCAGAGAAAGAUUCCGAAACAUGUUUGACAGAAGAAUAUACUUUUCGAACAUUUCGGAAGACGUAGGAUUUCCUCUGUUGGUUAAAUUGAUUGUUGAAGAUCAUUGCCCUAUCGAGCAAACCGAGGAAUUCAUGAAAAAUCCUAUACCCAAACUUAAUGAAAAUUUCCAUGAUCUUUUUCAAAAAGACAGAGAUAUGUAUGUAACACUUGUUUACGUUCUCUGUAACACUCCCUCUGUGAAUCAAAGAGAAAUAGAUUGGAAGGCAUGGGUAAAAUUAAGAGACGAAUGUGCGAGUAAGGAUGAUGGCAGCAACAAUCAACAACAGAAAAGAAGUUAUGAAUACAGUCAAUUAGAGGAAGCCAAAAACCUUGCUAAGGGACGGAAUCUUAUUUACAAAAACCCCAAAUGUAUUGAACUGAAUUCAACCUUGCUGAAAUAUUUGGAAAAAACCGAAAACCAAGACGUUUUUGCAUUCCGCCAUCAUUUUCUUGCUCAACUUCUCCUUUGCUUUCACAAUGAAAAGGUUGGAAGUAACGGAAUAUUAGAAGUGGCCAACGAGGAAAUUAAAUCGGUUGUCAAGAGAUUACAGUCGUCAAUCUAA